AUGACGUACCAAGUGCAACUGGUCGACAAUGGUUCCAUUGAAGAAGUCGAAACGGGUGACAUUGCUGUACCGAGCGUGCCUAUGUAUGAUCCGGACAUAAAAAGGACCAAUUACAUAGGAUUGCGAGUUGCUGCUUUGGUUACAAGUUCUUACUUCAUGGAUCAACCGGUAUGGAGUACAGGAACUAUAGGCACACUUCCAAACACUGCCCAUAACAGGGAGUUCCUGAUUUUCUUUGAUGAUGGGUUUGAACAGUACGUGCAGGCGGCAUUCGAAUCCUGUGAUAGCGACGCUAUGAAAGCUUCUUCGCUGGCAGGAGAUCGCGUGCAGCUAUUCCGCGAGAAGAUUCGCCUUCUGAAGAUUUUGCCGUUGGCGAGACAGUCAAUUGCUUCAAAUGGGAUUGAUAUUGACAAAGGUGGAGUGUACCAAUUGAUCAGGCAGAAUCCAGAGCGGAGAAGAUUUAUCCAGAAGUACUUUGAGAAAUACCCAGAUUGGCCGCUCGUACGUAUGAAAAAACCGUCACCGCCAGAAAGGCCAGCACAAGCUGUUGUGGCCUAUGAUCGCAAUCAGGAUCGUGUUACGGCCUAUGUGGUCUCCACCGAUAGAGCGUUGUGUGUUUUGCGGUUUCCUCCUCGUAGCCGUUCUCUUGCUGGUGUGAACUGCUUCGAAUAUCCCUGCACGCUGCCUGGGCACUUCCAUGUAGACGAGACUAUCUUCAGAGGAUCAUCAAGAAUCCAUGCAGUUAAUCUCGAACACUUUGGUAGUAACAAUAUGUCGGCAAGACGAAUGGCGAAGAAUCGUUCUCAGUUCGACGUUGUGCAGCCAAGCCCAUGUCCCGACCGGCUCAAGACCACCUCGACCACUGCGAGGAAGUCGUCGGCGCCAGUCAGAGCCGAUGGAGGACCAGCAGAAGCGCUCAAUUAUGAGAUGGAUCCACAAACUUUGGCUAUUCGAUUGAAGAAAGAAGCUCAGUUCGAAGUGCUGCCGUGUAGCCAGCCGCUGCCUCAGACCAGCUGGCAGUAUCAUACGGAAUGCUCACCGGUUUGCUUGGGAGGAUUGGAGCGCGAUCCUUCGAAUCCGCAAUUCUACAAGUGUUCACCAUUGCAUAUUCCGAUUUUGUGUGGAUGGCGACGAAUGCUUUACAUGCAUGAAAGUUCGGUGAGGCGUGCAAGCGACGGUCGAAUCAUGUAUCGUGCACCUUGUGGACGGUCCCUGGUCUCAAAGAAGUGCGAAGUUGGCAGUGAAUUGACGAUCGAUUUGUUCUGCUUUGAUCCGGUGAUAGAGACGAAAAACUUUGUGCAUGUAGCGGAAUCUUCUGUUAAAAUGGCCGACUUUACACUUGGUUUGGAAAACCUGCCUAUACCAGCAGUGAAUACGAUGGCUUACUGUGCUAGGCGGUUCCCCUAUAAUCAUCAAGUAGAUGUGAAGACGAUUUCGAGAGACUUCUGUUCGGGUUGUUCUUGCACAGAUGACUGUUCGGAUCCUUCGAAGUGUGAGUGUCAACAACUGACGGUUUCAAAUGUACAACGUCUAGCGAAAAGCUUUCGCCCUGCUGCUGGUGAAUAUGGCUAUAGCUACCGUACCCUGCUUGGCAAGACGAUCACAGGCGUAUUUGAGUGCAAUGAUAACUGCGGCUGUCAGCAGAAACGAUGUUAUAAUCGUGUUGUGCAACAACCGAUCAAGUACCCUAUCCAAAUUUAUAAGACCGCACAAAGUGGCUGGGGUGUUCGGGCUCUAUGUGAUAUCCCAGCCGGUGCAUUCAUUGCGAACUAUGUGGGGGCACUUCUGACGGACAGCAUCGCUGAUGCUCUUCAUGGAGAGGACGAAUACUUCGCUGAUUUGGAUCUCAAUGACGCAGUUGAGAACGAAAAGGCAACAACUCUUGAGAAGUGCGGAUAUCUGGAUAUGGGAUUGGGAAGUUCAGAUGAGGAAGAGGAACAAGCACAAUCCAAGAAGGAUGCCGAAGAUGAUGGAAUCGGGUAA